ACGCCCCCCCCCCCCACCCGAACCUGUUCCCGCACUCACUCGGAACGCAACUUUGUCGCUCUCGCGAGUGUCCGACGGAAGCGAGCGUGGACUUUUCUGGGCCGGGGAUGAGCGGGGGGGCUCGUCGGCCUCAUCGUCGAGGUCGGAUGGCAGAACGACCGGAGGCCCGGGCGGCCUCCUUAGCCGAACUCUUGAGCCUGGAGAGCGCCAAGCUCCUGGAACUUUAUAGAAAGCGGGAGAACCUCAGCGGCGACGUGCUGGCGGGCGCCGGCCGUCUGGUGUCCGUCCCGCCUCCUUCCGCCCAGCUGGGCGCCGCCGACAAGCUGCGGCGCUUGCACGCCGCCCUGCUGCAGUGCCGGAGCCUGACGGAGGGCGCCGUCGCCAAAGAGGACGACGAGAUGGGCGGCGGGACGGGAGAGUACGAGACCCUGAGGAAGACCGUCAAGGAGAGGCUCUCCUCGCUCGUCAACACCGUCGGGGAACUCGUCAAAGCCGCGGGCGGCCCGACGCCGGCGCUCACCCCCCCGGCGUCGGGCCGCGGCUCCGAGCCGUCGCCGUCCGCGAACCCACCGACAAAUAGAAAUGGCGAUUCCGUUUUCCUUUAUCGGGACUUUUGGUCUCAGUGCGGGUCUGUGAAGUCCUGAGUGACUUUCCGGUUGCUCAAACCUUUAAAAAAAAAAAAAAAAGAAGAAGAAGAAGGUGACCCGAAACUUUUGCAGCUGUUAUCUUUUGAAUCCAAAUGUUUGGAAUUGUCUUGAUUGUUGUUUGGAUUUGAAAUAAAUCGAUUCAUAUUCAUCUUCCCUCGCGCGGCCUCCUUUUGUCUCGUUUUGAGGGUUUCACGCAACGGUGUCGACCUCGAGGCCCGCGGGCCGGGUCCGGGCCCCCCGUGUCGUUUCCUGUGGCCCGUGGAGCCAAAUCAUCUUUUGCAUUUUCCAAAUAGACAAAAAAAAAUCCCUUUGGAUAAUGUUGAGAAAUGGCAAGCAUUAAAAAAAAAAAAAAAAAAGUCGAGUAGCGGAGAGUCGAUCUAAUCUGUUGAGCAUUUGGACCAUUUUCAAAUGUUCAGAUGUUAAAAAAAAAAAAAAAAAAAAUGUCGAAAAUUAGGAGAAUACAAAAAAGACAUCAUGUACUGCAUGACAAUCAUCUUCAUUUUGUCUUACUAUGUCACACACACGCACACACCCACGCUCGCACCGGUCGCCAGCCAAUCGCGGGGCACGUGGAGACAGUCGCACCUACGGACAAUUUGGAGUGUCCAAUGAGUGCACGUUUUGGGGACGCGGGAGGAAACCGAAGUCACGCAGGCGCGGGUAGAACGCCCGAGCCCCUCACGGGUCGGGCCGGGUUCGAGCCCCGGUCCUCAGAACCGUGAGACCGCGUCCCGAUACGACGAGGCCCCCAUUCGGGCCUGAGAGGAAAAACCAACUGCGCCCAAAUGCGUUUUGACGCUCGCUGGUUCAGCUGCCACGGCCACGUUACUGCUUCGGCGUAGAAUCGCACCGACGCAUCGCUGCUUUGCUCAAACGCAAGAACGCGUGGCGCGUGUACGUUGAAGUGAAAGGCUCCGAUCGGCCCGGAGGGCGGCGCCGUACGACUGAC